AUGAUCCCCCAAGACCUCGCCCGACUCCAAGUCUCCACCCACCCCUCCAACCCGACCCCUCCCUCUGCAUACUCGCCCUACCUCCCCACCCCGCCACCCGAACCCUCCUCAUCCCUCCUCCCAGCCGCCCAAGCCACCGUAUUCAUCCCCACCCCUAUCCAUCCCCAAGCCUUGGCUUACGCCCGUACCCGCUUUGCUAAAGUUCUCGCGUCGCAUGAGGUUGAUGCGGAGGAAGGGUGGGCGCGGGCAGAUGGUGUAGUGAGCAGGGCUGCCAGGAUUGGACGUGAGCAGUUGGAGGCGGGGAAGGGGAAGAAUAAGAUGAUGGGCAUUGGGAUUGUUGGAGUUGGGUAUGAUAGUAUUGAUAUUGAGUGCUGCAAAGAGCGCUGUAUCACUGUCAUGAACUGCCCCGGCGCAAACUCCCAAGUGGUCGCCGAACUGACUCUGUCCCUCACCCUUGCCCUUCUCCGCCGCGUACCCGAGCUCGACCGACGCCUCCGCCAAGGGGAGAUGAUGUUGAGUAUCGACAACCUCGGCCGAACAUUGAGGGGAAAGAAGGUAGGCAUGGUCGGUAUGGGCGCUACGGCUAGACGGGCUGCUGAUAUAUUCCACCACGCAUUUGAUUGUGAGAUCCACAUCUUCUCGCCAACCUCUCCAUACACCCGAUGGUCCACCUCAGACCCUUCCGGACCCCUACCCCACACCCGACAUUCAUCUCUCGCCAGCCUCCUCCCCCUCGUCGACAUCCUGACCCUCCACUGCCCUCUGACCGACGCCACCCGCAACAUGAUCAGUACCCAAGAGUUGAGGUGGAUGAAGCCGGGAAGUGUGAUGGUCAACAUGUCGAGGGGUGCGGUGGUCGAUGAGGUUGCGCUGAAGGAGGAGUUGAGUAAGCCUGAGCUCGUUUUGGAGGAGAAAGAGGAUGGGAAUGGGAGAAAGCUUUGGGCGGCAGCUUCUGAUGUGUUCGCUUCCGAGCCCAUUCAGAAAGACCAAUCCAAUGGGCUUCUCGACCUUCCAAACUUUAUUGGGACUCCCCAUAUCGGAGGCAGCACGGUCGAAGCGCAAGUAGACGUGUGUAUCCAAGCUAUCGAUCAGCUCGCAGACUUUUUCGAUGGCCAUCAGGUGAGGAACCGGGUUUGUUGA